AUGCCGAGCACUCAGUACAGUAUAAUAACCUUUUCCUCUUUUUCUUCCUUUCAGUUCUUCUUCCUCGUUUUUCUUUCUUUCAGUUCUUCUUCCCCUUUUUUCUUUCUUUCAGUUCUUCUUCCUCUUUUUCUUUCUUUCAGUUCUUUUUCUUCUUCUUCUUUUUGCCCUCCCAACUUUUUUCUUAUGAUUCUUCUCCUCUGUGUUCUUCCUCAUUUUUUUUUUUACUCAGUUCUUCUCCCACACUUUGUCCUUUCCUUUUUUGUUGCUUUUAGUUCUUCUUUCUCUUUUUUUUUUCUUUCCUCUUUUUCUUUCUUUUGGUCCUUCUUCCUCGUUUUGUUCUCUCUAAUAUUUUUCUUUAGGUUCUUCCUUUUCUCUUUGUGCUUCCCUUUUUCUUUCUUUUGGUUCUUUUUCCACUCUUUGUCUUUUCCUUUUUUUCCCCUCUUUUGGGCUCUUUUAUCUUUCUAUGAUUUCUUUUCUUCUUAUGGACAAUCCACUUUUAACUUCUUCUUUUGUCUCCUCCUCCUUCAUCCUCCUCCUCCUCCUUUUUCCUUCAAAACUUCAUUUUCUUUCAUUUGUCUUUUUCCCCCAUUUUUCUUUUUAUGCCCUUCACACACACACACACUUAUGUAUGUAUAA